AUGUUUAAGCUUCUACUGGAAGAAGGAAACGUCUGCUCACAGUGUGGGAAGAGCUUCAGGUUCCUGAGUUUUCUCAAAAUACACCAGCGCAUUCACACUGGAGAGAAACCGUAUCAGUGCUCACAGUGUGGAAAGAGUUUUAUUACACAGAGUGAUCUAAAAAAACACCAGCGCAUUCACACUGGAGAAAAACCGUAUUUCUGCUCACAGUGUGGGAAGCGUUUUAAUGCACAGAGUAAGCUCAAAAUACACCAGCGCAUUCACACUGGAGAGAAACCAUAUCGGUGCUCACAGUGUGGAAAGAGUUUUAAUACAAAGAGUGAGCUCAAAAUACACCAGCGCAUUCACAGUGGACAGAAACCGUAUCAGUGCUCACAGUGUGGAAAGAGUUUUAAUCAACAGGGUCAUCUCAAAACACACCAGCGCAUUCACAGUGGAGAGAAACCGUAUCAGUGCUCACAGUGUGGGAAGGGUUUUAAUACAAAGAGUGAUCUGAAAAAACACCAGCACAUUCACACUGGAGAGAAACCGUAUCAGUGCUCACAGUGUGGAAAAAGUUUUAAUCAACAGAGUCAUAUCAAAAUCCACCAGCGCAUUCACACUGGAGAGAAACCGUAUCAGUGCUCACAAUGUGGUAGGGGUUUUAAUACAAAUAAUGAUCUCAUAACACACCAGCGCAUUCACACCGGAGAGAAACCAUAUCAGUGCUCACAGUGUGGAAAGAGUUUUAAUACAAAGAGUGAGGUUAAAAUACACCAGCGCAUUCACACUGGAGAGAAACCGUAUCAGUGCUCACAGUGUGGGAAGAGUUUUAUUCAACUGAGUCAUCUCAAAAUCCACCAGCGCAUUCACACUGGAGAGAAACCGUAUCAGUGCUCACAGUGUGGGAAGAGUUUUAAUCAACAGAGUCAUUUCAAAAUCCACCAGCGCAUUCACACUGGAGAGAAACCGUAUCAGUGCUCACAUUGUGGGAAGAGUUUUAAUCAACAGAGUGCUUUCAAAACACACCAGCGCAUUCACACUGGAGAGAAACCGUAUCAGUGCUCACAGUGUGGAAAGAGUUUUAUUACACAGAGUGAUCUAAAAAAACACCAGCGCAUUCACACUGGAGAAAAACCGUAUUUCUGCUCACAGUGUGGGAAGCGUUUUAAUGCACAGAGUAAGCUCAAAAUACACCAGCGCAUUCACACUGGAGAGAAACCAUAUCGGUGCUCACAGUGUGGAAAGAGUUUUAAUACAAAGAGUGAGCUCAAAAUACACCAGCGCAUUCACAGUGGACAGAAACCGUAUCAGUGCUCACAGUGUGGAAAGAGUUUUAAUCAACAGGGUCAUCUCAAAACACACCAGCGCAUUCACAGUGGAGAGAAACCGUAUCAGUGCUCACAGUGUGGGAAGGGUUUUAAUACAAAGAGUGAUCUGAAAAAACACCAGCACAUUCACACUGGAGAGAAACCGUAUCAGUGCUCACAGUGUGGAAAAAGUUUUAAUCAACAGAGUCAUAUCAAAAUCCACCAGCGCAUUCACACUGGAGAGAAACCGUAUCAGUGCUCACAAUGUGGUAGGGGUUUUAAUACAAAUAAUGAUCUCAUAACACACCAGCGCAUUCACACCGGAGAGAAACCAUAUCAGUGCUCACAGUGUGGAAAGAGUUUUAAUACAAAGAGUGAGGUUAAAAUACACCAGCGCAUUCACACUGGAGAGAAACCGUAUCAGUGCUCACAGUGUGGGAAGAGUUUUAUUCAACUGAGUCAUCUCAAAAUCCACCAGCGCAUUCACACUGGAGAGAAACCGUAUCAGUGCUCACAGUGUGGGAAGAGUUUUAAUCAACAGAGUCAUUUCAAAAUCCACCAGCGCAUUCACACUGGAGAGAAACCGUAUCAGUGCUCACAUUGUGGGAAGAGUUUUAAUCAACAGAGUGCUUUCAAAACACACCAGCGCAUUCACACUGGAGAGAAACCGUAUCAGUGCUCACAUUGUGGAAAGAGCUUUAAUCAACAAAGUGCUCUCAAAACACACCAGCGCAUUCACACUGGAGAGAAACCAUAUCAGUGCUCACAUUGUGGAAAGAGCUUUAAUCAACAGAAUACAUUUAUAAUACACCAGCGCAUUCACACUGGAGAGAAACCGUAUCAGUGCUCACAGUGUGGUAAGAGUUUUAAUACAAAGAGUAAGCUCAAAAUACACCAGCGCAUUCACACAGGAGAGAAACCGUAUCAGUGCUCACAGUGUGGAAAAAGUUUUAAUCAACAGAGUAAUCUCAAAAAACACCAGCGCAUUCACACUGGAGAGAAACCGUAUCAGUGCUCACAGUGUGGAAAGAGUUUUAAUACAAAGAGUGAGCUUAAAAUACACCAGCGCAUUCACAGUGGAGAGAAACCGUAUCAGUGCUCACAGUGUGAGAAGGGUUUUAAUCAACAGGGUCAUUUCAAAAUACACCAGCGCAUUCACAGUGGGGAGAAAGCGUUUCAGUGCUCACAGUGUGGAAAGAGUUUUAAUGUACAGGGUGAUCUCAAAAUUCACCAGCGCAUUCACACUGGAGAGAAACCGUAUCAGUGCUCACAGUGUGGAAAGAGUUUUAAUGGACAGAGUGAUCUGAAACGACACCAGCGCAUUCACACUGGACAGAAACCAUAUCAGUGCUCACAGUGUGGAAAGAGUUUUAAUAGACAGAGUCAUCUCAAAAUACACCAGCGCAUUCACACUGGACAGAAACCAUAUCAGUGCUCACAGUGUGGAAAGAGUUUUAAUAGGCAGAGUAAUCUCAAAAUUCACCAGCGCAUUCACACUGGAGAGAAACCGUAUCAGUGCUCACAAUGUGGAAAGAGUUUUAAUGGACAAAGUGAUCUUAAAAGACACCAGCGCAUUCACACUGGAGAGAAACCAUAUCAGUGCUCACAAUGUGGAAAGAGUUUUAACACAAAGAAUGAGCUUAAAAUUCACCAGCGCAUUCACACUGGAGAUAAACCAUAUCAGUGCUCACAGUGUGGAAAGAGUUUUAAUAUACAGAGUAAUCUUAAAAUACACCAACACCAGCGCAUUCACACUGGAGAGAAACCGUAUCAGUGCUCACAGUGUGGGAAGAGUUUUUAUCAAGAGGGUCAUCUCAAAAUACACCAGCGCAUUCACACUGGAGAGAAACCAUAUCAGUGCUCACAGUGUGGAAAGAGUUUUAAUAUACAGAGUAAUCUCAAAUUACACCAGCGCAUUCACACUGGAGAGAAACCGUAUCAGUGUUCACAGUGUGGAAAGAGUUUUAAUAGACGGAGUGCUCUCAAAACACACCAGCGCAUUCACACUGGAGAGAAACCAUAUCAUUGCUCACAGUGUGGAAAGAGUUUUAAUGGACAGAGUGCUCUCAAAACACACCAGCACAUUCACACUGGAGAGAAACCGUAUCAGUGCUCACAGUGUGGAAAGAGUUUUAAUCAACAGAGUGAUUUAAAAAGACACCAGCGCAUUCACACUGGAGAGAAACCCUAUCAGUGUUCACAGUGUGGAAAGAGUUUUAAUCAACAGAGUGCUCUCAAAACACACAAGCGCAUUCACACUGGAGAGAAACCAUAUCAGUGCUCACAGUGUGGAAAGAGUUUUAAUAUACAGAGUAAUCUCAAAACACACAAGCGCAUUCACACUGGAGAGAAACCAUAUCAGUGCUCACAGUGUGGAAAGAGUUUUAAUGGACAGAGUAAGCUCAAAACACACCAGCGCAUUCACACUGGAGAGAAACCAUAUCAGUGCUCACAGUGUGGAAAGAGUUUUAAUCAACAGAGUGCUUUCAAAAGACACCAGCACAUUCAUACUGGAGAGAAACCGUAUCAGUGCUCACAGUGUGGAAAGAGUUUUAAUCAACAAAGUGCUUUCAAAAGACACCAGCACAUUCACACUGGAGAGAAACCAUAUCAGUGCUCACAGUGUGGAAAGAGUUUUAAUAUAAAGAGUGAGCUUAAAAUCCACCAGCGCAUUCACACUGGAGAGAAACCGUAUCAGUGCUCACAGUGUGGGAAGAGUUUUAAUCAACAGAGUGCUUUCAAAAAACACCAGCGCAUUCACACUGGAGAGAAACCGUAUCAGUGCUCACAGUGUGGAAAGAGUUUUAAUCAACAGAGUGUUCUCAAAAUACACAAGCGCAUUCACACUGGAGAGAAACCAUAUCAGUGCUCACAGUGUGGAAAGAGUUUUAAUGGACAGAUAGAUCUGAAAAGACACCAGCGCAUUCACACUGGAGAGAAACCGUAUCAGUGCUCACAGUGUGAAAAGAGUUUUAAUAGACAGAGUCAUCUCAAAAUACACCAGCGCAUUCACACUGGAGAGAAACCGUAUCAGUGCUCACAGUGUUGUGGAAAGAGCUUCAUUACACAGAGUGCCUUUAAAAAACACCAGCGCAUUCACACUGGAGAGAAACCGUAUCAGUGCUCACAGUGUGGAAAGAGAUUAAAUCAACAUAGUGCUCUUAAAAUCCACCAGCGUAUUCACACUGGAGAGAAACCGUAUCAGUGCUCACAGUGUGGAAAGAGUUUUAAUCAACAUAGUGCUCUUAAAAUCCACCAGCGUAUUCACACUGGAGAGAAACCAUAUCAGUGCUCACAGUGUGGAAAGAGUUUUAUUACACAAAGUCAUCUCAAAACCCACCAGCGCAUUCACACUAGAAAGAAACCAUAUCAGUGUUCACAGUGUGGGAAGAGUUUUAAUGGACAGAGUGCUCUUAAAAUACACCAGCUCAUUCACACUGGGGAGAAACCAUAUCAGUGCUCACAGUGUGAGAAGAGUUUUAAUACACAGACUAAUUUAAAAAUACACCAGCGCAUUCACACUGGAGAGAAACCGUAUCAAUGUUCACAGUGUGAAAAGAGUUUUAUUACACAGAGUCAUCUCAAAAUACACCAGCACAUUCACACUGGAGAGAAACCUUAUCAGUGCUCACAGUGUGAGAAGAGUUUUAAUACACAGAGUCAUCUAAAAAUACACCAGCGCAUUCACACUGGAAAGAAACCGUAUCAGUGCUCACAGUGUGAGAAGAGUUUUAAUACACAGAGUCAUCUCAAAAUACACCAGCACAUUCACACUGGAGAGAAACCAUAUCAGUGCUCACAGUGUGAGAAGAGUUUUAAUACACAGAGUCAUCUCAAAAUACACCAGCGCAUUCACACUGGACAGAAACCGUAUCAGUGCUCACAGUGUGAGAAGAAUUUUAAUUGUCAGAGUCAUCUCAAAAAACACCAGCGCAUUCACACUGGAGAGAAACCGUAUCAGUGCUCACAGUGUGGAAAUAGUUUUAAUAUACAGGGUAAUCUUAAAGUACACCAGCGCAUUCACACUGGAGAGAAACCGUAUCAGUGCUCACAGUGUGGAAAGAGUUUUAAUCAAAAGAGUAAUCUCAAAAUCCACCAGCGCAUUCACACUGGAAAGAAACCGUAUCAGUGCUCACAGUGUGGAAAGAGUUUUUCUGGACAGAUAGAUCUGAAAAAACACCAGCGCAUUCACACUGGAGAGAAACCGUAUCAGUGCUCACAGUGUGGAAAGAGUUUUAAUAUACAGGGUAAUCUUAAAGUACACCAGCACAUUCACAAUGGAGAGAAACCAUAUCAUUGCUUACAGUGUGGAAAGAGUUUUAAACGACAAAGUAAUCUUAAAACCCACCAGCGCAUUCACACUGGAGAGAAACUGUAUCAAUGCUCACAGUAUUGAAAACGAUGUUUUGUAUAAAAGUGUCGACUAAAUGCUACAAAUGUGUGUAAAUGAGUCUAUGAAAGUGAGUGAGCUGAGUGAGUGGGACGGUUAGUGAGUGACGUCUUCAGAUGAAUUGGUGCUUCAUCCAGCUAAACGUGGUGGUAAGAAACUGAACUGAAGUAACUGUUUGUUUUCUCUUUAAACAUACAUUUAAAUUUUAGUUCAUCCCUAAUCUUAAACUAUUUUUUCUUGUUAAUAAUGUGCUUAGAAUAUUUUGUGGUCACACAGAUUUUUGUUUGUAUGAAAUAUUCAUUAGUAAUGAUGUGUUUAUAAU